AGUCAUCUAUCAGAACCCACCCAGAUGUCGCACGAUUGUUUUGCCCUACUUCUCGGGCACCGAGUUCCGCACCGGUGCCGAGUUCCGUCCACAAGGAGGACGGCAAAUACCAAAGAACCGAGGCGAGCCCUGCUGAUAGUCUCACUCCAAAGCUUCUGCAGAUCCCCUCACCUCUCACUCCCUCGAUAAAACAAGCGCUCGUCGUCUCACACACAGAGAGAGAGCGAGAAAGGGGGAAACAAGAGGCGAGGGAGGAGAAAGCUUCCGAUGGCGGAGAAGCCCCAGCCGGUCCGCGUCCUCUACUGUGGCGUGUGCGGCCUCCCGGCGGAGUACUGCGAGUUUGGGCCCGACUUUGAGAGGUGUAAGCCCUGGCUCCGCCAGCAUGCACCCGACCUCUACCCCGAUCUCCUCAGAGAGGCGACCGAGAAGGAGGCGGACAAGGCCGCUGACCAGCUGCAGGCGGUGGGGAUUUCUGGAGAAGGUGGCGGCGGAGGCGAGGCUUCUUCAGGGGCUGCCCUAGCUCCUAAGCAAGAAGAAGUGAAACGCCUUCCUGGUGGCAAGAUAAAGAAGAAGGAAAAGCAAGAAGUUGUUAUUGAAAAGAUUGUCCGCAACAAGCGUAAAUGUGUCACUGUUGUGAAAGGCCUAGACCUGUUUGGUAUAAAACUAAGUGAUGCUUCGAAGAAGCUUGGGAAAAAGUUUGCUACUGGAGCUUCUGUUGUUAAGGGCCCAACUGAUAAAGAGCAAAUUGAUGUCCAAGGGGACAUAGCUUAUGAUAUUGUGGAGUUCAUUACUGACACUUGGCCAGAUGUGCCUGAAACUGCAAUUUUCUUCAUUGAAGAUGGCAAGAAGGUUGCUGCUGCCUAGUUUUGUAUUUCAAGGGAGUAAAGUUGCCUGCAAAAUCUCAUAUCAGUAUAUGGAGGAAUUUGCCUUUAGGAAUAUUUGAGCAUUUCUUUAUCUUACGUCUACAUAAUUAUUGCCUUGGCAUCGGAUGGACAAUUAUCCUGACCUAAGUAACUCUUUUGUGAGUGUCAUAACAUAUAUGGGAGUCAUAUGUGGAUCUCUCUCUUUAGGUUGCCCUGUUCUAUUGCAGGGCUUGUUUUUUAUCAUAAGCAAGUGCACUGUGCAAUAAAAAAUGUUGCUUGUAUAAAUGCUAUUUUUGUGCUCUUAGAUGUUUCAAGAUAUCGAGGUUCUCUUUGCUCCAA